UUGCGAUGUUUUUUCGGUUUCGGCUGGUGGGGAUCCUAUAAAAACAUCCAGUUCGGUGUUUCGGUCUCCUCAGCAACUGAACUCUUGUUUCAUACUCUCUCUUUUUCAUUCUCAUUUCUCACUACUACUGCUCCACUCAAAUAACAUUUUUUUCAUAUCAUUUCUAAAGAAGAAAGAAGAAUCUGAAUCUUUCUCUUCUAGCUUUGAAUCGGAAGGUUUCUUUCCCUUUAAAGGGAGAAGAAGUUUCAAGGAAGGUCUCCGCCAUCACUUACCACCAUCAUCAUUCAUUCAUUCCAUUCCAUUCCAUUCCCCCAAUAAUUCUGCUUUCAGCUUCACCCUUAAGCCCCCUUUUUUAUCCUUUCUUGGGUUGAAGACACACAUACACAGUCUCAUGUUUUUUUUCUCAUCAAAAGUUACGCUUUUCUCUUUAUUCCCAUCACUCUCUUCCUCCUCCAUUUCCAUCAUCAACACCUUCCAUUUCUAAUAGCUUUUCAUGUCUUUAUAUAACAUUUCGUCAAAAAAAACCUCUUCUUCUUCUUCUUCAAGCUUCUCCCUCAAGUCUCAUCCUCUUAUUUAUUAACCCAACCUUAUUCAUUUCCCCUUCGACACCAUGAACAGCUACUGCUACGACAACAACGACGUCGUUAUGGAACAAAGCAAUAGCAUCCUAUGCAAAUACACAGUUCACCGCACUGUCACUAACAAGUUCACCAAACACAACAAGAAAUCCACCAUAGAACCCAGAACGGUGCGUGUGUCUUACACCGAUCCAGACGCCACUGACUCCUCCGCCGAUGAAGCAGAACAACACUUCCUCUCUUCUUCUCGCAAGAGAGUAAAGCGUUACAUCAACAGCAUUCAAAUCGAACCCGCUUCCACCAAGAACGCUGUCUCCGCCGCACACAAUAAGAAAAGGGCUACUGCAAACGCUGGCGACGCUGCUGCUUCUUGCCGCCGGCCGGCCAAGGCUCCGGUGACCACCAACGGAGGGAGGAAGUUCCGCGGUGUAAGGCAAAGACCAUGGGGGAAGUGGGCGGCGGAGAUUAGAGAUCCGGCGAGAAGAGUUCGUCUCUGGCUGGGAACCUACGACACAGCGGAAGAAGCUGCCAUGGUUUAUGACAAUGCGGCCAUUCAAAUUCGUGGCCCUGACGCUCUCACAAACUUCAUCACUCCACCGCAGCGCGGAGAACCACAGCCACAGCCAGAACCACAAGAAGAAGAAGAAGCAGAAACAACCACCGCCGUGAAACCAGAAAUGAAGGUGGUUGUAACUGCAGAAGCUUCCGGCUCCGGGUCCGGCUACGACUCCGGUUCAGAAGAUCACCGGUGUCUGAACCUCUCAUCCCCAACCUCAGUUCUCCAAUUCAGAAGCAGCGAAACGGAAUCGUCAGAGCAAGCAAAGAAACAGUCGUUCCUCCAUUGUAGUAGUGAUGACGUGUCAGGUUCAGGUUCAGUUUCAAUGGAAGAAGUAUUCGGAGAGUGCCAAGGCGAAACGAGCUUGUUCGAGGAGACUGGUGAGUUCUUGGGUUUGGAAAUGAUGCCGGUUUGGGAUGAGGUGUUCGAUUUCCAAACGCCGCAGUACCCAGUGAUGUUCGAGGAGGAAGAAGAGAAAGGAUUAUUUGGGGAAACAAAGACGACGUCGUUUUGGUGCGCAGAAGAGGAUCAAGAAUUAAGCAUGAAGAACUAUAACAGUAGCAUUGUUCUGGCUGAUUCACUCAUCGAUUUCGAGAAGGCUUGUAAUCCAACUCCAACUCCAUCAUCUAGCUUUUGCCAAAUGGACGAUGAUUACUUCCAAGAUAUUUUGUUGGCUUCUGAUCCUCUCGUCCUUCUAUAAACCAAACAAAUCGUUUACUUUUUUACUGCUGCGCUGCCCUCGCUGUUGCCUUGCCGGUUUCAUUUCACGGCAGAUUUUGGUUUUGCUUCCGGUGGCAGUCUGACGAAACACAUCCCAAAAUAAUUAAAUAAAAAAUUGCGGAUGCCUUUCAUUUUGAAUAUUAUUAUUAUUUAUUUCUUUGUUAGAUACUCCUGGCUAAUGGAGAGGGGACUUAAUUGAGUUCAGUGAAGUUUUGUUUAGAUUUUUCUUAUACUUUUUGCCCGAAUAAUAUUAGGUGGUUGGAA